AUGGUUUGGUGGGGUGUCAGCUAUGAAGGAGCGACUGAGCCAUACUUUUGUGAAAAAGCGAGACUCAGCGCCAGGUCUAAAGCAGGUCUAAAGCAGUCUCGGUUGGAAACGAACGUUUCGGGCUUCAUUCAAGCUAAAGACUGCCGUCGUCUACCUACUCGACCUCCUUUCGGGGACUUCACUGUCGCUGUUGCACACUGUGUCGCCGCUGCUAUGGUGGGCGGUGGGCAAAGGGUGCGUGGCUUGACUGUCGCGGCUGGAUACUGUGAAACCAUGCAAACCGCUGGGCCCCGGCUGGGCGGGAUCUCUGCAGCAAAAAACCAAUACUAG